AUGAAGUUCUCAAUAGCCGCCACUACCGCAUUGUUGCUUGCCGAUUCGUCGCAAGCCUUUGUCAAUCCUUCUGGAUCCUUCAGCAGCUCUACCCGCAUGAACAUGGCAAUGGAUGCUCCUGACAUGCAAGCUGCUGCAGCCACUGCCUCUAGUGACCUUCCAGUCAUUCAAAGAUCUCAAUACGGACCUUCUGAUGUCCGAUACUCGGACUUUCUCCGAUUGGUCUCUGGUGACCGCAUUGAAAAGGUGACCUUUAGCUCGGAUGGAUCUCAAUUGCUGGGUGUUGAUGUCGAUGGAACACGUCUCAAGAUUGAAGCUCUUCCCAAUGAUCCCAGUCUUCUUAAUGAACUCACGGAACACAAGGUCGAUGUCACUGUCCUUCCACAACAAGAAGCUUCUGGUCUUGGUGACCUCGCUCAAUCUCUCAUCUUCCCUGCUGCUCUCUUUGCCGGUCUCUUUUUCCUGAGCCGCAAUGCCGGUGGUGCCGGUGGCGGCAUGGGAGGAGGCAUGGGCGGUGGACCCGGAAACCCCAUGGGAUUCGGAAAGUCCAAGGCCGAAAUCCAAAUGGUCCCCGAUACCGGUGUCACUUUUGACGAGGUGGCCGGAUGCGACGGCGCCAAGUUGGAAUUGGCCGAAGUGGUCGACUUUUUGAAACAACCCGAAGCGUACACCAAGAAUGGAUGCCAAAUUCCCCGUGGUGUCAUUCUCGAUGGACCUCCCGGUACUGGUAAGACCCUUCUUGCCAAGGCUGUGGCUGGAGAAGCCGGAGUUCCAUUCAUCUCCAUCUCUGGUUCCGAAUUCGUCGAGAUGUUUGUCGGUGUCGGUGCCUCUCGCGUUCGUGAUAUCUUUGGACAAGCCAAGAAGAAUGCUCCCUGCAUUAUCUUUAUCGAUGAGAUUGAUGCCGUCGGUCGCCAACGUGGUGCUGGAUACGCCGGAGGUAACGACGAACGUGAACAAACGGUCAAUCAAAUUUUGGUCGAGAUGGAUGGGUUCGACGGAAACCCAGGAAUCAUUACCAUUGCCGCCACCAAUCGUGUCGAUAUUUUGGACUCUGCCCUUUUGCGUCCCGGACGCUUCGAUCGCAAGGUCACGGUCGACCUUCCUGACUUCAAGGGACGUACCCGUAUCUUGGGCGUCCACUCUCGUGGAAAGCCUUUGGAACCCGAUGUCGACCUCGAGGCCAUUUCCCGUCGUACUCCUGGAUUCUCGGGAGCUCAAUUGGAGAACCUCAUGAACGAAGCUGCCAUUACGGCUGCCCGCAAGGCCAAGACCACCAUUGGAUGGGAAGAAAUUGAUGGUGCCGUGGACCGAAUCAUGGUCGGUUUGGAAAAAAAGGGAGGAAACCAAGUGGCCAAGCAAAAGGAAUUGGUGGCCUACCACGAAGCUGGACACGCUGUUGUUGGAGCUCUUGUCCCUGAUUACGAUCAAGUCCAAAAGAUCACCAUCAUUCCCCGUUCCAACGGUGCUGGUGGUUUGACCUUUUUUGCCCCUCAAGAAUCGCGUCUUGAAUCUGGCAUGUACAGCAAGCAAUACUUGGAAUCCCAACUUGCCGUUGCCCUUGGUGGACGUCUCGCCGAAGAACUCAUCUACGGAGAAGACAUGGUCACCACUGGUGCUUCCAACGAUAUCCAACAAGUUGCCAACAUUGCCAAGCGCAUGGUCAAGGAAUGGGGAAUGAGUGACAAGAUCGGACGCAUUGCCUUGAGCGAACCAUCCGGUGGAGGUCCAUUCAUGGGAAUGAACAUGUUGCGUCGUCAAACCAUGUGGGGUAACAAGAUUUUGGGAACUGUCGAAGAAGAAGUCGAACGUCUUGUCAACAACAGUUACUUGAUCGCCAAGAAGAUUUUGGACGAGAACAAGGACCUCCUCGAACACUUGACCCAAACUCUUCUCGAACAAGAGGUUGUUUCUGCCGAAGAAUUCCAAAUGAUGUUGGUGGAAUACAAGGCCAAGACUAUUGACUACGCUCUUCUCGGAGAAGAGAGAAACCGCGAAAAGCUUCCUUUCCAAGCCCUUCCUCUCAAGGUUUAA